AUGAGGUCAAUUUUCCGCACAGCAGGCGUCUUUGGCCUACUAGCAGGUGCAACACAAGCGAUCCAAGUCGACUUCUCCAGCGAUGACUCUAUCAAAUCAGCAGCGAGCACAAUCGCUUUUGGCUUAUUAAAAUACUACACAGGAAACAACACGGGGGAUGUGCCAGGAAACUUGCCGGAUCCGUACUUUUGGUGGGAGGCCGGAGCUAUGUUCGGAACGAUGGUGGAUUAUUGGUUCUACACGGGAGACGACACAUACAACGACGUAACAAUGCAAGCAUUACUGCACCAAGUCGGAGAUGACCAAGACUUCAUGCCGCAGAACCAGACGAGGACAGAAGGAAACGAUGAUCAGGGUUUCUGGGCAAUGGCGGCAAUGACAGCAGCGGAGAACAACUUUCCCGAUCCACCCUCAGGUCAACCGCAAUGGCUAGCACUAGCACAGGCAGUGUUUAACGAGUAUGUGGACCGUUGGGAUACAGAAACAUGUGGUGGCGGGUUGAGGUGGCAGAUAUUCACGUUUAACAAUGGCUUCAACUACAAGAACUCGAUCUCAAAUGGCUGCUUCUUCAAUGUUGCUUCCCGCCUGGCCAGGUUCACAGGAAACCAGACAUACGCAGAUUGGGCCGAGAAAGUAUACGACUGGAUGUCAGAUACCGGCCUCAUCACCGAAGACUUCAAAGUCUUUGACGGUGCGCAGGUAGACUCUAACUGCACAGAGCUCGACCAAGCCCAAUGGACCUACAACGCCGGCAUCUUCCUGCACGGCUCGGCCGUAAUGUACAACUUCACAGGCGGCUCCGACAUAUGGAAGACUCGCGUGCAGGGCCUCCUGAACCAGACCGCCGGGUUUCACUUCGACAACGGCAUCAUGGUCGAGAAGCCGUGCGAGGGGGGCGGCUUCUGCGACACCGACCAGCAGAGCUUCAAAGCCUACCUGACGCGCUGGAUGGCGGGGACGACGCAGAUGGCGCCCUUCACCUUCGACACGAUCAUGCCGCUCCUAAAGUCGACGGCGACAGCCGCGGCCGCCAUGUGCAACGGGUCCCCCUCUUCGCCGGCGGCGUACAAAGGCCCCGCAGGCACGGCGUGCGGGUUCCAGUGGACCCAGAGCCCGACGUUCGACAACAUGGCCGGCGUCGGCGAGCAGCAGAGCGCCCUCGCCGCCGUCAUGUACAACCUAGUCAAGAAGACAUCGCCAGCGCCCGUCACGGCCGACACGGGCGGCACCAGCCAGGGCAACGUCAACGCCGGCGCCUCCACCCAGGACAAGAUGCCCGUCCUCGAGCCCGUCACCAUGACGGAGAAGGUCGCCGCGGGCUUCAUCACAUCGGCGCUCGCGCUGAGUGUGCUGGGUGCGUGUGUUUUUGUUAUUAAAUAA